ACUGUGGGGAUCUGACCUUCAAGGACCUGGUUUCAUUAGGCCUGGGGGGUCACUCCAUGCUAGGGGUCGGGCAGGGAGGGAAGGUAGUUCCAGAGCCUCGAGAGAGAAGUUGGGGGCAUCCUUACCUGAGACCUGAACAUCAAUUUAAUUAUUAGCUGUGGGCAAUAGGGACUUGAUUUUGGAUUUAACUUAUUUUGUGGUGAGUUUGAACUUUAUUUUGCUGUGUUGGGGAUGGGGCCCAGAGUUUCUUUCAUACGUGUCAGGCUGUCUCCUGCAGCCUCCCCCUAUACUAACCCUGAAUCCCUAGGAAGACCCAACUCUUAGCAGGCCUGACCGCUAGCCUCACCACAAGGAUCCUGUCCUGGGUGUGCAGAUGGAUCCACAACUUGGGAAGAAAAGUCUGAGCAGAUUAACAUUUCAACCAUCAAUUUACGAUCUCUUCUUGAAACCAAGCCUAUCAGAAUUGUGCCAAUCAGAAAGAGAGGCCUAUCAGCUAAUUGUGAAUUUUAUGGAGCCAGGCGAGAUGUCCCAGUUAGACAAGCUGAACUUCCUGAAUGCUGUGGAAAUUUUAAGCAAUGUUGUGCGUGAUCAGGCAAAUGGCAACAUGAAUAACUACUACCCUAAAACCCUUCUGGCCAAGAAAAUUCAGACAUUCAUCAUGGAAGAACCCACAGAGAUCUUGGAUAGUAAUGUGCGUCAGCAAGCCAUGCUCUGCAUCGUGGCCCUGAGCCAGGUGAGGCCACCUUUCCACCUAUGCCAGAAACUGGACCUGGUCAACGUUAGCAUCACCAGCAUCUUCUCUCUGCCCCUCAUCAUGCCCAGUCUCGACCGGAGGGAGAGUGCUAGUCUUUACCUCCAGACAAACCAGGCCUUGGAUGACAUGCUGCAAGCUCUUGUGAUGGAGGAAAGGAGCCCCAACAUGAUUAUACUGCAGAAAUUUGUGGAGAUCAUCUUACCUUGGUUAAUGCUGUCAGACAAAGUGCAAGAGCAGAUCCGAGCCUUGAGCACGAUUUCCCGAUUGCUGAGGUUUAUCUGCAAUUUCUCGGAACUGUCGCACAUGGUAUCAUUCUCCAUAAUCGGAAGGCUGAUUGGAACCUUCAGCAUCUUCUGCAUGAAUCCCAGCCAGGAGAUCAGCGUGGGAGCAUUGGAGGCAUUGUAUUACUUGUUCACCAUCCUUGUGCUUCAGAGAAGUGUCAGACCGAAGACAGCGACCAUCCUGAAGGAUUUACAGAAGCAUUUCCGCGGAAACUGGAUGGCCAACAUGCAGAAUCUCACACUGUUCUUCAGGAAAUACCUGACCCCUGUAGAGAGAGCCGAUGUGAUCAUGGUGGCCAUGGAGGCCAUGAACAGCGGCGACAUGAAUAAUGUCAUUGCAGCCUCUGAGAUGUUAAAUAUGAUUCUGAAGUACCCUCUUACAGAAGUUGCCAAGGUGCCAGAAAUCAUCCAGUUAAUUUACUACUACGUAGACAGCGUGACCGAGGAAGUCGCCCAGGAUGUCAUAAAGAAGGUCUUCCAAUUGCUGGUCCAGUCUCACACAGAUGAGGUUAUCCUGACACUGUUCAAGAUAGAGGACCGGUCACUAAGGGGGACACACAGAUCCUGGGAAAUCCUGGCUUCCUUUCCAAAAAGCUACCAAGUAAUCAUGGAGUAUCUACUGCAGAGGCUGAUUUCCCCCCAGACACCCAAGGACCAGGAGACCGGCCAUGAAACAGAGCUCUCAACAUCGAUUGUCACCAGGGCCAUCCAUGAGCUGCUGCUGGUGCCAAGCCAGCGCUCGGAGGUGCAAACCGUCUUCGCCUCCCUGUUCGUGGCCCUGCUUUUCCAAAUCUCUUUCCUGGUGACUAACCGGAGCACUGUGGGCCAGGACAAGCCGCAUGAAACCGAAUGUGUGAACCUUGUGAGUUCUUCUGUGAAGGCCUUGAAGACCUUACUGCGAAUCGGGUACCUAGAUCACAUGUCUUAUAUUCAGACACUUAGGGGCUGGGAACUGCUUGUCAAUCCUGAAAGGCACUAUUAUGGAGUCACUAUGCUGGCCAGGUCCCUGGUUAUCAAGAACUGUUGGCACAAUCGCCCUGUCUUCCGCUUCCUCAUCAGGACCCUCGAGGACCCAGCCUGUGUCAAUCACUUCACAGCCCUGGUGUUCCUGACGGAGCUGUUCCACUGUCCAGAUGUGGCAGGUGCUGUGGAUGAAGCCUCCACCAAGGUUCUGGCAGAUUGUUUCAAGUGUGAGGAGCCAGCCACGGAGCAUCUAUUCCUGCAGAUCUCAGAAACCUUCACAAAGCACAAAAACACGAUGAAGCACUUCCACAUCCUGCAGCCCUACGUGCUGAGCUGCUGCUACUCCUCCAGCAGUGAGGUGGUGAUGGAGACCUUCCUGACGCUACAGCGCAUCCUCAAGGACCUCACCUGGUAUCACUCCUCCUCCUUCAUCGUCGAGCUGACCUUCACUUUGGCACACUUCUUUGAGGAGGAGUCAGAGCAGCUGCGCCUGAUAGUCUUUGAGAUCUACGGAAGCAUCCUAACUAAGAUCUCGAGGAUGAACCUUGUCUUCCCCAUGAGGCACCAGAUUCUCAACUUCAUAGUCCUCCUCGUGUCACACCUGAAGGAUGUAAACGCCGGAGUGGUGGAGGUCUGUAGGCGAACCCUCUACAAAUUAGCUACCAUCAUGGGCUGGUUCAAACUCAAAGUGGUCUUUGCCAAGAAAGAUGUAUUCACCAUCCUCGGCACCCUGUUGCAGCAGGAAAGGAGCAGGGCAGUCUGGUUUUUGAAGCAGAGUGUGGCUCUCUUCAAGAGUCCGCAGGGCCCCAUCCGCCAGGUGGCUGUGUGGUUUGCAGGUCAGAUCAUCCGCAUCCUCAACAGGGCCGAGAGAGAGGAAACCGAGGAGGAAUAUAUAGCCUUCAGGUGCAUGCAGAAAGACCCUGACCCCAUAGUCAGCUGCCUCACUCUACAGACUUUCCACAUCCUAGAAGCCAAGGAGACGGCGACGCCGGCUAAGACCCCUUCCUCCUGCCUCUGCAUGAGGAGGUUCCGAAGGAAGGACGGCUGAGUCGGCGUGCGAGGGUCUGAGAUGAAGGCUUGCCCCCAACCCCACUUGUGGCAGCAGGCUACCUCCCGAGUCCUGCACUAGAAGUGGCGUCUCCCUGUAGAACUCUGCUAAUAAAAGGGGAAAGAAUGCAA